CCCAAACAACCGAUUUGGUUCUUCUAUAUUAUCUUUCUCUCAGCCUUGAGGCCUUAAUCAAUUCUCUGAUCUUCAUUUUGCUUUUGCCAUCCUUCUCUUUCCUUAUCCCCAACCGAAACCCUAACCCUAGCUCCCCUUCCCUGCAGCGUUCGUGAUGAAAGGAGGCAAAUCAAAGGUCCAGUCCAACAAGGCCGAUUCCAAGCUAGCGGUGAAGAAAGGAGCUGUUAAGGGCGGUGGUAAAAAAUCAGCCAAGGCAGAGAAAGACCCUAACAAACCCAAAAGGCCUCCUAGUGCUUUCUUCGUUUUCAUGGAAGAGUUCAGACAAGAAUAUAAGGAAAAACAUCCAAAAAACAAAUCAGUUUCUGUUGUUGGGAAAGCUGCUGGGGUGAAAUGGAAAUCACUGUCUAAUGACGAGAAAUCACCCUAUAUGGAAACAUCAGAGAAGCGUAAGGAAGACUAUGAGAAACGCAUGGAUGACUACAACAAAAAGAUGGCUGGUGCUUCUGCUGUUGAAGAAGAAGAGGAAGUAGUAGAAGAAGAAGAAGACAAAAAGGCUGAUCAAGUUAACGAUGAGGCUGAAGAAGACGAUGAUGAAGGCAGUGAAGAGGAGGAAGAUGAUGACUAGAAUUUAAAAGGCAGAAAAUUAUGAAUGUUGUAGUUCUUUUGUGUAGUUCAUAGUUUACAGUUUACAAAGACUGGUCUUGUUACUUUUUUUUUGUAGCUAAGGAAGAUAAGUAGUUAGUUUUAAAUGUAAUUUAAGUUAUCUUUUGUACCCAAACAUGACUUUAAGUUUGAUCUAAUAAUAAAUUCUUACUAUAUUCUA